UCCAGAAACUUGUCCCGGGGCUCACUGGGCAUGCUCGGCGGCGGGGCGGGCCUGGGGUCCGGAAGCGCGGGGCGCGGGGCGCACAGGGCGGGCACCCUUGGGUGCGCAGCCUGGGUGCUGGCCGGGGCGCUCCUGGCGGCCGCCCUGGUGUUGCCCGUGGGCUCCUCGCCCCCUGGGCGCCCCCAGGCUUCCCCGGCGCCCCCCGAGGUGCAGGACGUGCUGGGUGCUGCCGUGUGGACCCAUGCGGAGACUUCUCUGGGAGAGACUGCAGUGGAAGCCCCCUCCGCAAUGAAGUCCCUCGGAAGUGCUGGUGUCUCGAACCCGCUCCCCCGCCGGGCUUGGCCCCACUCCCUGCCCGCCUCCUGGCCCACGAAGAGGCUGCUCAAGAGAGAGUCCUCCCGCCAGCAGGAAGAGGCCCCCUGGGCCCUGCGUGAAGCCCUCGGGCAUGGAGUGACCUUCCAGAAGUGCGCGGUGGGCUCCGGGCAGCACGGGGAGCCCAUGGCGCAGGUGCGGAUCCUAGUGAACAACAGCUGGGUGCCCGCGGCCUCUGACCUCUCGGACCUGCUUCUGCUGGACAACGUCACAGGGCUGCGUGUGCGGGGCUCCUCCGGGACCAGGACGGCCCAGGGCCUGCAGGUGUUCCGCAGGAAGCUGCUGCCAGGUGAGGGGUGGCCAGGGGAGGGGCGGCCGGGCUCCCGCCACUUUGCACCUGCUUUACAGAUCGCCACCUCUUGUGUCACUUUCCUAACGCUUUUUACCUGA